AUUAAUUUGAUGGGAAAUCAGAUUCAAAAGAUCAAUAGAAAAAUCGAUUAAUUGUUAUUUAAAGCUUAUUAAUAUUUAAUAUAGGAAGAUGAAUUAUCAGAUACAACUGUGGAUGUACUUUCGAUAGAUGAAAACAUAAAAGAGAAUAAUGUAGAUACUUAGGAAUAAUAACAGAGUUAAAAUGAAGAGUAAAGUUAAGAAUUGAAUCUAUAUAAGAAUAAAUCGAAAGUAAUAAACAAAACAUAGGAGGAUGAACCUAUUUUGGGUAGUAAAAGAAAAUCAAAAUCAUAAUUACUAUCUGAUAGAAAGAUCAAUAAAAAGAUUUGCGAAAACAAAGAAAACUAUCUAUAUAUUUGA